UCAAAUAAAACCGAGCAUCUUGUCUCUAUUUACUUUGUGCGCAAAAUGUCAGUGUCGGCACCUUUGUCGGAACCUGCUAUUUGACAACUUUUUUAAUCGGUCUUGUGAAUUUCUUCGACCCUUGCGCCACGAAAAGUCUUAGCGCCGUAAAAAACCUACCACCAACCAAGAGCUUGAGCACAGGGGCUGUGGAAAGGAAAAACAACAUGGCUAUCGGCGAUUAUCCUGCGGAAUAUAAUCCGAAGGUCCAUGGACCGUACGAUCCGGCACGCUUUUAUGGAAAGCCCGAUACCCCGUUCGGCCAAGUAAAGCUGAGCGAGCUUGGCUCUUGGUUUGGACGCCGGGAUAAGAACCCGCGUGCCGUGGCUGGAGUUUUCAGCCGUGCCUUUUGGAGAUGGCAGCACAAGUACAUGCAGCCGAAGCGAACUGGUAUUGCUCCGUUUUUCCAAGUUAUCGUCGGUGGUAUGGUGUUCUUCUACACUAUUAACUACGGCAAGCUGAAGCACCACCGAAACUACAAAUACCACUAAACCGUGGAGAAUGGUUGCCGUACGAUCUUCAUUACAUCAUUUCGACGCAAUCGCCAAAACAUCUCUGAUUGCGAUGCACGCGCAUCCCGUUCCGAAUGCAGCAUGGAAAACAGUAGUGGAGAUUGAAUGAAGAAACAUGAAUAGAAUGCAAAUUAUGUAAUGUGUUGAAAAGAAUAAACGCCUAUUUGACAGAUCGGAACAGCAAC